AUGCAUCUGAAGACUAAGAUCCCCAACUUCCUAAACCCUGAUUCAGGCAGGAAGACUCCAAAUUGUAUAAACAUAAAAAACGAGCUGAUACAAAACAUGCAUAAGAUAUACAAUCAGCAGCGUGAAGAAGGCGAAAGAAGGAAGGGGGAUAACCAGCCAUAUGACCUGUUCGACCCCGAGGACUAUGUGGACUUCCCCCCUUUUAACAGAACUCCGGAUGUACACAACAUCUGCGUUGAGUUGAUGCUAAAGUUGGACAUUAGACACGGAGAUGGGGAAGCUGCCCUCGAUUCGUCCAUUUUUCUGGACAUCAAUCCAAGGGGUGUUAUGUCUAGAAAUCAGCGAACCUUCGUCUACCAGUAUAAGAGCACCCAGCCGAUAUGCGACAAGGCCCUUGACCAUCUCAGCAGAGAACAGCGCAUGAAAUACUUCACCGCCCUGUCGCAUCAACUCGCUGGAAGAUCAAUAACCUUCCAAGGAACCACGUACAAGCUGCUGAACGUGCUACAGACGGCCAUUUACGGAGGGGUAUAUUUGGCACAGGUGAUCGAAUCUGUUGAUGAAAGUUCCAUAAACAAGAAGAAGGCCAUAAAAAUUUUGUCAAAGCAUCUAAUUGAGUUAGCAAAAGAUAAGGUUCAGGAAGAUCCCCUAUCAGAGUAUCGUUACCGAAAGUGCAUGAGUGGACACAGUAAUAUUCUCAGUUGCGACAUCAUUUUCGACGACGAUUAUUAUGUCUACAUGAUCAUGCCCUUUGCAGUUCAUGGAGAUUUAUUUGAAGUUAUGAAGACUAGAACUAAGCCAUUCACAGAGGAAGAAGCCAAGUAUCUCUUUUAUCAAAUCAUGUUAUCUAUUAAGUUUUUACAUUGCAGAAAAUUAGCCCUUAGAGACAUUUCCCUAGAAAAUAUACUUUUGUUUGAAAAUGAACACAACGGAUUGAUCUACCCCGUUCUGAAUGAUCCUGGUCAGGCAACUUACUUCCGUGUGAAUAAGAAAAAUGAAGUUACCCUGUUAGAGUACACAAAAAUAUUUGGAAAAAUUUUCCGGCCCCCAGAAGUAUAUGAGAAAUGUAAAUAUGACCCUACAAGAGUGGACAUGUUUUGUGUUGGCUACAUCUUAUACUUUUGCUUGACUAAGCAGGAGCUCUUCAGAUGUACCUUGCCUAAGGACACGCACUGGAAUAUGUUCAAGGGUAGACACUACCAUGAGCUCCUGAGGGAGAAAAAGGGACUCCACUUAUCAGAACCCGCGUUAGAUUUGAUAUUUCGCUGCUUAGAACCCAAUUUUAAAAUGAGAAUUGAAAUUGGUGAGGCACUAAGGCACCCCUGGUUCAGGGGAAACUACUUUCCUGUCCAUAGCCAGAAUUUGUUCCUCCCUCAGGGGGACGAAGGGGUGGAUGAUUUAGGGAGUUACCCCUCGAAAGACUCCUUCUAUCCCAUGUACAAGCUUUCCAAAGAAAUCGAACGGUGUGCAAAAAAGAAGAAUGUAUCUAUAGAUCACAAUUCCUCCAUAAAAUUCAGCAUCUACGAGCAUGUGAUUGUUCCCCCUGCUGGUGCCGCUCCUCCCCAGGUGUAUUUCAGCGGGGGUAAUAACCCCUCCCCCUGCUUGAACAGUAUACACAGGAGGGAGUACCCCCCAGAUUUUGAAUUUCACAUGGAGGAUGGAUUCAUAAAAGGGGAUAUAUCGCCCCACCGUUUUGGCCGCAUAGGAGGGAAGCGCGCUGAAGACACGCUCAGAUACCCCACUUCCAACGGGGAUACUUCCACAUGCACAGACCUGAGCAAGACGUGCAAGGGGAUCCCCCAGUAUGUAGGAAAUCACCACAACGUGCGUGGUCACCACAACGUGCGUGGUCACCACAACGUACGUGAUCAUCACAACGUACGUGAUCACCACAACGUACGUGGUCACCAGAACGAGGUGUUCCCCAAUGGACCCACAGAUUAUCUCCGACGGAGUUUAGCUAGGGGUGCUCACUACCCGUCUUUCCACGGUAUUUAUGGGAAGGACUGUGGGGUUGUGAGGAAAUCAUCCCCUUCUGCAGAGAAACCAGGAUGGAUCAAGAAAUACGAGGAUUGCGCCUCUACACACACGUGCCACACAAACUGGACAGAAGCAGACAAGCGAAGCAGUGUUCAUAACUCACCACCAAGCAGUUGCAGUGCAUUUAGAGAAAAGUCCAAAUCGAAUUUUAUAAUGAACCAUAAAAAAGGUACAUACAGAAUGAUCGGAAUGAAAAGGAAGAAACAGAAACUCAGUUCCGACGCAACAGUACCAGAAGCAGUAGAAGAGAGAGGUGAUCAUCUCUUCGCUGAGUGCCCAAGUAGUAGCCUUCACAUGAUGGCUAGACAAGCGUUACAAAAGAGGGCACAAGAUGAUACACUUAAAACGAUGCAGAAGAGACCUCACAUGUUAACACAUGGGGAGGUCACCAAGGGGCGUGGUCUCCUCAGCAUUUUCUCCGAGAGGCAAAUACCCAAUGGAGGAAUAAUACCGAAAGAGGGAGCAUUCGUUAAGAAGAAGAUUGAUUAUCCCUUUGAACCUUUCGAGGAAGAGUCCUUCGUCCAUGUGGAGGAGGGAUACACUGGUUGGGGAAAUAUGUUAAGAAAAAAUACACCUCUAGAGUGGAGCGAAAAUAUAAAUGGCAAAGGCGUUAGCAAAAGGGAGAAAGACAAAGAUGACAUGAUGAUUCUGGGAGGUGGGUACCAUAAUGAAUCAGGGAAUAUUCAGCAAAGGAACACUGAUAAGAGGGAAUACAUGGACAAAGUGGAAGAGAUGAUACCCCCUCAGUGUGAUAUACCAUGGAAGGUAAAGCGGAGCGAAAGCUGGGGAGAUAUCCACAUGGAAGGAUUCACAAAAGAGGCAGAAGAAACAUACACAGUUCAUAUGGAAGGAUUUAUCUCCCCUAUGAAUGGAAGCCCACUUCACCACGUCACUGUUGUAACAGGAGGUGAUACUCCCCAAAGAACAGAUCGGAUGGACACGAAUGAUUCAAAUGAAAAAAAUGAAGCAACAAACAAUAGCAUCAGUUUUAAUCCAAACGGAGGAAAUGGUAACGGUUUCUUUGAUUUAAAUGAAGUGAUUAUUGAAGAGAAAAACUCACCUCACAUGGCAUUUCACUUGGGGGAGGAUUCUUCUCCAAAUGGAUUACAGAAGAGUGGAGGAAAUCUCUGCAGGGGAGUAAAACGGUGGUGCAGUUUGGGAGGAAGAGAGAUAAUCUGGAAUGACUUUUUUACAAAGGAUGCCUUGACUCAUUGCAGAGAAAAUUCUUACAACGAGGAAAUUACACCAAGUGCAUGUGCAGGCAGUCAAACAGAUGAACAUCCACAUAUACAUGAAUUGGAAGAAAGCGUAAAUGGGACACCAUUGGAUGAAAAAAUACAUAACGGGGAAUUACCUUCACGCAGAGAUGCAUCCAACAUGUAUAUGAAGGACGAAAAGGAAUUACCAAGAUUGAAAUUUCCAUCGUGUGAGGACAACUAUUCUGAUGUACCAACUAAUCAUAUUGAAUUGCUUAAGGGAUGCAUAUCCCAGAACAAGUGUCAUGAACUGAAUCAAACGGGUUCUAAAUCGUUCGAUAGAUGUAGCGAGGGGGAAUCAGGGCAAAUGUGCAGCAUUGUCAGUAGAAGCGUGUCCUGUUCUAUGGAUCAGGGGAAGGGAAACACCUCGGAAAAUUUAAUCACAACCAUGUCGUCGUGCUUGUCCGAGGUUGACUUAGAAAUAGGCAUGGCAAAUAUGAAAAGGAAGUGCCCUACGAAGGGUGGUUCGAACGAUAGGACCUGCUCUCUUCAGGGAGGCGAAGCGGCUGCGAUGUGUGGUAGGAUGAUGUGUAGUCAGGUCAUGUGCAGUGAGAAAAUGGAUCAUGAGCUUUUAUCCGGUGAAUCGCACGAUGAGGAGGAAGAUUUCAAGGAUGCACUGGAGUACGAACUGGAACGCGAACUGGAGCACGAACUGGAACACAAACUGGAACACGAACUGGAACGCGAACUGGAGCACGAACUGGAACGCGAACUGGAGCACGAACUGCAGAGGGAGAUCAGGGAGGAGGAGCGGAAACUCGAUAGAGAGCUAGAAGUGGAACUGAAAGCGGAGUUGGGGAAGGUGGCACAGAUGGAAUCGGGCGUAGAAUUGGACAAGGUGCCAUAUGUAAAGAUAGACGUUAAAUCAUACACAGAUCCCGAUCUUGUGCGGCUACACGGGGCGUCUUCCUGCGAUAGAGGCGGGGGAAACGUGAACUGCGAAGCGGCCUCGGCAUCUUCAAAGGAGAAAGUUAGAAACGGUUCAGAUUGUACACUAAAAGAGCAGUAUGAAUCCACGCCAGAUGUGGAAGGCCAAACCGAGCUGCACCCCCAAUGGAAUAAGGAGAAAGCAGUGAAGAUACACCCUAACAGAACAUGGAGCCAUUCGACUAGCACAAAAAAAAGUAGUGAGGAAAUUAAAACAGACUCUAAAAACUCAGUGAAUGGUCAGAAAACAAAACUGUUUGGAGAGCUUAUGGUGGAUGAAGACACGAUGAAAAAACGUGUAGCAGUAUCUGGGAUCUCCACAAAGAGAAGAAACACUCCGUGCAAGUUCCAACUGAAAAAAAAAAAGUCCACGAACAAAAUGAAGAAAGUAUAUUUUUCUUCCAACCCAGAAAAAAAGAAGAGCAGAAUUGUGAGGCUUCAAAAAUGUGUGUUUAGUGAAGGGUUAAGGAACAGUCGGAGUGGACCUGCAAAAGUGGGGACCCCGAAAAGUGGGAUUGCCACUGGAGGAACCGCGAGCAGCUUCAAGCCUCACCCCUUGGGAAAACAUAUAGAAGCGCUUCAUAGAAAAGGCAAGGACGAACCGAACGAAGUGAGCUCCAUUAUCGACUGCACGAGUAAGAAGGGGGCACCAAAAACGAAGACGAAGAUGCCCUGCGACAGGAAGUGUUUGUCAAAGCGGCACACCAUAUCAGAGCUACGUCCAGGAGGAGGCGACAAUAUCGUUGGUGACAUCGGCGGUAAUACUCAUGUGAAGACUCUGCCCGAUCUGAGGGCCACAAAAACAAGCGGCAAAAUCCAAAGUGGGAAAUCUCCAGGAGGAAAGAGCAUUCUUCCGCAUCUACCUGACACUAGGAUGAUCGUCGAUAACCUCCGUGGCGUGGGGAAGAGACACACCAUCUCUAACGCGACAACGGCUGGGAGGGGUCACGAAGGUGUACAAACACGUUCGAUGAAGGCAAGGUACGGUGGAGACUAUCUCUCCAACGGGGGUGUAAGGGGCAUGCAGGUGCUCCCAACCUCGAAGGGCUCCGUCGGAAGGAUUAGUCUGAAAAAUGGCUCGAAGUCGGGAGAUGGCAUCCGUCGCAGUGUCGGCGGAGUGCUAGCCAGUCAGGUAGCCAAGUGGAACGACACACAUGCAGAAACGAAAGCUCGAAGGAAUCACAACCAGGUUCACAGAAUUUGUGCAGAGAAGCUAAUCAAGAACCAUAUGGAUACAGAAUUUAAGAUCAAGGAAAAAAGUACCCUUGUAGAAUCGCACCGAGGUGCUGGAUCACCCACGGAGGAGCCGACCACCAUUGAAAAAGACAACCUCCUCCAAGGGUUCAACACCACAGGGAUUUAUGCAUAUGGGACAGAACCACAUGUGGACCACGGAUUAGCUAGCCAAGAUGAAUUACUUAGAGCAUCUGAGAGGAAGGAAAGAAAUUUUCUGAAGAAGGAUUUUUCGCAAGUGUGUGAAAGAGGUGAACUGGACAAACACAGUACAAACGAAAGAGUACAAGGGUACCAAGAAGUGCUUCUACAUUGCUUAACAGGAAAGGAGACUUCUUCACAUUAUAGAAGGAGAGUGGGUAAAAAAACGCCAGAUCUGGUAAAGGGAGGAAGAACUAUAAAGGCAGAGAUUCCUUUAGGGAAAGAUUACGCGAAGGAUAAAUCACCUUCGAGGAGAGAACCUCAUGUGGUGGUAACACCCAGACACCUAAAGAUCAGUGGAAAGAAGCGCCCAGAAGAGGCAUCAAAGGGUAGAAAGAAAGAAAAUGGAAGGAUCAGAAUCUUAAGUGAUGAAUUAGUACUGAAUAAAUUUCUGGCUGAUAUGGGGGGAGACCUUCCUGGAAGAGUGGCCAAAAGGGAUAGCCUGAAGAAGGGUAGCUCCAGAAGUAUCCAACCGGACAAGGUAAACGUAAACACGCCAGGGGAGAGAGAAGCAAAUGUGGUAAAGCAAAAGAGUUUUCAGUGUAGGAGUGUAGUGGGUAGUCAAAGAGGAAACAACGCGAAGGAUGGGUCAACAAAUGGGUUAAAGCACGGGACGAAGCAGACAAAGAAGAAUGAAAAUAGGAGAACGAAAGAUGGGGUAAUCAAACGAGGGAGUGUUCAUGUAGGUGGAGAUAGAGAGAAGAACCCCAAAGGAGUGAUUCCUAGCAGAGUCGAUUUGUGCGAAGGGAAAAAAGACAGCUAUCUGGAGAAGCGAAAAACUUAUGUGUUCUUUCUUAAGAAGGGUCUGAAAGGAAAACUGGAAAAAAUGAACCAGAAGGAAGAAGCAGAAAAACAUAAGAAAAAGGUGGAAAGUAAUUUGCACAAGCGAGCAGAAAUGAAUGAAAGCACCACGGAUGCUAGCAGAUUGAAGAAGGCACUAGAAUCAGAGAAUCCAAGAGAGGAGGAACAAAGAAAAUUAUAUAAGAAAGUGUACCCAGGGGAACCACGGGACAUACCCCCAUUAGAAUCAAAGAAUCUGCAUGGGCAAAGGACAACGUGUAGUUUAACUCCUUACAUAAAUGAAAAAGGAGAAAACGUUUAUUUCCAUAGUGAAAACAACGUUCCUACGAAUGGCAGUUACCAUGAAUCAGUUAGUGGCAAUGAGAGGGGAAUUGGAUCGGAAGUUACAUCCCCGAGGGGGAACACUCACCUUUGUGAUGUAAGGAAGGUGGUACAUUUUCGCAAGUUCGACUUGAAGAAUGGAAAGAGCAAUCAUUCGUCGGGGACAGCCAGCAUGGCUGUAAGUUGCAAGGACCUUUCUCAUUUUGAUGGCAAUGGGAACGAAGGUGAAACGGGAAAUGGUGUCAGAGGCUCCUCUCCAUCGAAUGCACAGGAAGGGAAGAGAGAAAUUCGAGAUGGAUCUUUUAUGGGGCGAAGGAAGGAUAUUCCAAUUAGAGGAAAAAUAAAGCAGGGCUCUUCCCCAAGAGGUCCUUCCCAAAUGGGUUCUGUAAAAAGUUCUAGGGAACGGAACCUAGAAUCCCUUUCGAGGAGAAACCCAGAAGGCGACGCGCGUUACGAAGAUAAGGUGAACAUUGAGAAGUAUGAAGUAAGGAUACAUCAGAAAGGUGUCCUCGCCGAUGGGUUAAUGGAAGGAGAAAAAGUUUCCACCAAUCGGGUUGCUUGUAUGUCAUCGUAUUUGGACCACCAGGGUGAUGAGGAGCCACCACCUGUUGAACAGCGGCCCAUCCUACACAGACGGAUAGUUGGUAGUGCAUCCAAGGGUGAGCGAACAACACCCAUAGGGACCAACACAAUGAUAGAAGGUAGAAUUGUUACGAAUGUUGCAGGUGAAAGAAUGGCCGGCGGAAAACGUCAAACUCAUGGAAAUGCAAAAAGAGCAAUAAAAGAACCCGCCAGUUCUACACAGCGCCAGAUCGGUACUGCAAGAUGCAAUAACGGUAGGACUGCUGAUGAACAUGGGAAAAUAAAGCAAGAGUGUUUGUCUCAUGUCCAGGAGAGGAUGAAACACCUUCUUAACUUGAACGAUGAAAUGCAAAGGUGUGAUGGAAAAAAAGUUGUUCAGGUUAAUCCAAAGGUGGAUGAAAGGCCUUCCGUGUGGUGGUCACACAUAGAACAGGGCACUAACACUUACCAACUGCAAGACAGCCAACGGAAAAAAAAACAAAGUGCUAAUCAAUGUUUGAAUUUAAAAGGGGAUGAGAUGAAGAAAGUUUUCCGUUCGGCACCUCACUUGGUUUACGUGGAUUCAUCCAACGUUGAGUCUCAUAUGUACAUGUCUGCCUCAAGCCCAAGAGACAUCACUCCAGGGGGGGUCACUCCAGGGGGGGUCACUCCAGAUGACGUCAGUCCCACCGUGAAAGAAGCACAGAUAGUACCAUGCGAUGUAGUCCAGAAGGACGAGACACACAGGACAAUACCGUUCAACGGUCACGAUAAUUACCCCGUUGCCAAGGGGACGAACACAAAUGGUCCUACUCUUAGAGCAUAUCAAUUACCAAACACGCAUAAUUACGGGGCUCAAAAUGUAUUCAUCAGAUGCAACGAACAGAAGGUGACUCAUCCAAUGGGUGAUAUAUCUGGAAGGAAGAGCCAACUAGAGAAGAGCAAAAAUGACCAGAUGCGAAGGAACCGGAACAAUGCGUAUGCUCAAGUGUUGGAAGCUACCUACCAAGGGAGGAUAAAUAAGACCUACAUGUCUAUGCACGGACCAGUUGGAUACACAAAUCCGAGGCAGACAAAGAAUAACUUGAUCUCAAGAGAAAAGAAAAAGAAUUCUAACUUCAGCAUUUUGUGGUGGAAAAUCUAG